AUGGCACUUGUUGGUCGCGUGAACUGUCCCGGUUCCGAGCCCUCCGGCACGGUGGUCCAACUUUCCUGGGGACUCGGAGUCCGAAUGGGACUACGAGUGAUUUUAGUUUUUGUGAGCACGUUUCUGCUGUUAGACUGUCUUUCAUUUUCCGGGUGCGUCCGAGCUCUGGCUGACAAACCAACAAACCCAGCCUGUGUGACUGAAGGGGCUAUGACCAAGUGCACUUGUACGACAGACGAGCCGAAUAAAACGGAUCUCACAGCAACCUUGUGUCAAGCAAAAAACAUCCUUCAGAUUGCCUGCAAACAAGAAAAGCAGCAAUGUGCUCCUGAGGAGCUGAGUGAAAAUCUGGUCUGUCCAUCAAGCACUACAAUCCUAAAGGACUGCAAAAACGAAAAAGCAGGCGUUACACCAUUCAACAUCAACACCCUUCUCAGUGGUUCAUCACCAAGCGUAUCCUGGCAGCUCUGUGCUGACGGUCUCCCAGCGUGCACCACUAAGAAGCUAGAGAUUCCUCCUGAAAAUUUUCCCUUCGUCGACCGAAAGUUCAUGGUCGGUUGCGUAAAAAAAGGCGACACAAACGAUACAAUGAAGGUGACAGUGACACUGGAAGCGAGAGCAAGUGCGACGGAAGAUCACAUCGUCAAAUGUGCGUACGGAAAGAAUAGCAAUCCAGCACACCAAACGGUCACACUGACUCCAGAGAAGAACAGCUUCACUCUGGCGUGUGGCGACCAGGGAGACAUUCUGCCGACAAAUUACAAAAAGGAGUACUGCGUGAGUGAAUCCGGGAACGAAGCCUCCGACUCCUGCACUGGGGCGUACGAAGGUAUUUUCGCGAAUUACGAAGCGACCUGGUGGACGAAAACCACAGGCACAAACGAAUACAAGUUCACAAUUCCAGGCGGGCAGUUUCCGCAAGAGGAACAGAAGGUUACGGUUGGCUGUCAAAAAAAGACAACCGCUGAGCCUGCACCGCAGUCGAAGGAAGGCGGUGAAAAGGAUUCGAGUGUGUGCAGCGUCGACGUGACGAUUGUGGCAUCCGCAGCAUCAUCUGCGGCGUUGACAAGUGGAAGGGUUGUAAUGUUGGCGACGAUUGUGGGGAUGGUCUCCACAUAUCUUCUGUAG